GAACAUCAUCACUUGUAUAGAUUAAUAUCCAAGUAAAAUUUGUGGUACUAAUUUUUUUUUUUUUUUAACUAUUUAUUUUUUUUCUUCUAAUAUCAUAAAGGUUAUUAUAAUGAACAUGGUUAUUAUAAGAAAUGUUGCUCUAGUUUCUCUCAUUUUAUUGUUUCAUGGUCUUGAAAUAUAUGCAAGGCCAGCAACAUUUCAACAAGACUUUAAAGUUACAUGGGCUGACUCUCAUUUGAAGCUUGUUGAAGGAGGCAGGGCCAUUCAACUUAUUCUUGAUAAAAAUUCAGGGUGUGGAUUUGCGUCCAAGUACAAAUACAUUUAUGGACGAAUUAGCAUGAAGAUCAAGCUUGUUGCUGGUGACUCUGCAGGAACUGUGACUGCAUUUUACAUGAACUCGGACACAGACACCAUACGUGACGAGUUGGAUUUCGAGUUCUUAGGAAAUCGAACAGGACACCCGUACACGGUUCAAACAAACAUAUUUGCUCAUGGCAAGGGUAACAGAGAACAAAGGGUUAAUCUUUGGUUUGAUCCUUCUGCUGAUUAUCAUACUUACUCCAUUCUAUGGAACCAUAAACAAAUUGUGUUUUCUGUGGAUGAAGUACCCAUUAGAGUGUACAAAAACAAUGAAGCAAAGGGAAUUCCAUACCCAAAAUCCCAACCAAUGGGUGUGUUUUCAACAUUAUGGGAAGCCGAUGAUUGGGCGACACGUGGUGGAUUAGAAAAAAUUGAUUGGAGGAAAGCUCCAUUUUUUGCUUAUUACAAGGAUUUUGAUAUUGAGGGUUGUGUUGUACCCGGACCAACUACUUGUGCUUCGAAUCUUAUUAAUCGGUGGGAAAGACCUCCAUACCAAACACUAAACCCUACUCAAGCACAAAGAUAUCAAUGGGUUCGUUCGAAUCAUUUGAUUUAUGAUUAUUGUACGGAUAAAUCGCGUUAUCCAGUUCCUCCUUUAGAAUGUCAUGUCUAAUUUGUGUGCGUACACAUAUAUGAGGGCACAUACUUAUAAUGGAGUGCAUAGUACGCUCAUGAGAUAUAUGCAAGUUGAACAUUAGUCAAUUAUGUACGUGAGUGAUGUAUUUUAUUGUACCAUAAGUCUAUAACUGAUGCCAGUGAUCAAUUAUUUGAUUACAAGUUAUUCAAAUAAGUUUGUUCUCCAACGA